GUCCAAGAAAAGCGGAUUUUCUGACCAAGAUGUGAAAUAUGAGUAUUUCUUGCGAUCGUAUUAUUGUCAGAAGAUAACAUCCGUUGGCACUGAAACUUCUAGAAUAUUUUAAGAACCACGAAGCCUACAUAUGGAAAAAUUUCAGCUCGAAAUUUCUGUAUUUGCAACAGGAUAUUGAUGUUGGAUUUUGGGAUUAUCAAAAUCCAAAAAAUCCAAAAAAAAUCCCAAAAACCCCAAAAAUCCAAAAUCCGCCGUUUCCCCCUUGGCGAUUAAUCGUGAGAGCUUAUCGCGAUUAAUUUACGAAUCAGUCUAGGCUUCCCAUGAAAAAAAGUUGGAAAAAAGAAUUUUUUUUUCAAGACUUUUGAUAUCUAUAGAACGAGUCUUUAUGUUUUUUGUUUACGUUCUCUCAGAGCGACUUCCUCCGCUGAUAUACUCUAGUGCUUACUGAGCACUUCCAACUGGAUUUUUAUUACCAUAGAGCAGAUUCAAUCAGAUGAAUUUGUAUUUUCGAAUCACGCAAUAUACAAUGGUACUACAUUUACAUAUAUCCGACAUUAUUGAACAUUCUAUUUAUAUUCAGCAAAACUGUGUUAACCACGAAAAUAUUACGAGUAAAGCCUAGGAAUGUCAGUUUCCUGUUACUUUAAAAUAUAUAAAUAAAUUUGUUUUUGAUAAUUUUCAUUUAAAAAAAUUUCAAUGAUAAUCAUUUGUAUUUAAAAAUAAAAAUUAUUUUUUAUUUAAUAUAUUCGUAAAUUAAAAUAUAAGAAUAUAAUUAACACCACUCAGUCAUUUUUCAUACGAAAAUAUAUUCCACUCUUUUAUUAAGAUAGAUUUUUUGAAGAAUAUAAGGAAUCCACUGACCAUGUCACUUAUACAAGUAACUUCAAAAAGAAACCAAUAAAAAAAAUCACUCAAGAAUGAAUGUGGAUGAUAGAAGACUGACUUUCACUCCCAAAUUGCAUCUCACACCCACAACUAUCCUUUUUCAAACACAAUCUGAAUCAAAUCAAGUCUAAUUGCACUUGUGUGAUUCGUUUUGAUCUCUGGUUCUUAUUAUAAACUGAAACAGAUGAGAAAUUUAUGAAUUUCUAUCGAUGAAAAAAAAUUAAUUUAAUUUAUUAUGAAGUGAAAAUUUAUAUGAAAAGAAAAAGUUGAGAAUAGUCUUCUUUGUUAGUUGAUUAUACGAAUGCCCUUAAAUUGGUUGGAAUAUUUGAAAGAAGCUAUUCAUGUAUAACGAUUGAAAACUUUCUUUACGUGGUUAUUCGCUCUCUAUCCCCUGUUCACCAACUGCCAACAGUUCGGGGUUAAUCACUUUUACUAUACGUGCCUUAAACGGGUUCUACGAUGCAAUUAUUGGGAUGAUUUCUUCUUUGCGUCUGCUUUUCAUGAACGUUCACUGGAUGAUUUAUGCUAUAAUUAUUGGGAAAAAUACCUUAAGGCACUGAGUAAUUCACUCGAUGGGCGUCUCUUAAUAGAACAAUCAUUGUUAAAUGCGCACAGAACUUGAUGGCAUGAAGGUGAUUCAAGUAUUCGAUGUUUACGAAGAUCAAAACGAUUCGUACCUCACAUAGAUGUGUUUGCAUUGGCUACAAGAUGGAUGGUAUGGCAUGGCACAGGGGACUCAGUGGUAUCGUUAGAUAGAAAAGAGUAUCUAUGUUUUGCAGAAUUCCCUGAAAGCUUCUAACAUUUGGUCCUUUUUUUUUGUUUUUUCUUCUCUUUUUCUUUAUACUCAUUGUUCUCCUUUCUUUCUUUUUUUUUGUCUCCUUUUUUUUUAUAUGUAGUGGCUAACGUAGUCUCUUUGUAUGCUAGUUACAUGUCCCUUUAGGACCGUCAGGGUCAGAGGGUUAAAUUAUGCAUUACAAUAAACGAUUGAAAACUAAUCUUCGAUUGCAUGGGUAUUAAGCAAUAAAUAUUUUCGUUGCAAUUAAUCAAAGAUUUGGAGCAAAUUCACUUAAAAAAGGGAAUUUUGAUCACCAAAAAAAGGAACAUUUGAUCACCAAACUAAUUAGUGCCACAUGAUUCAUAGAAAAUUACUGUUUAUAAUUAACAGAUGCUGCAUUUCUGGGAGAUCAAGUGGUAUGUUAAAUUAAACGUUACUUAAUUGAUAAUUCAUAAUUACGUAGUAUUAAUCUUAUUCAAUUAAUGAUCUCAUUAACUAAAAGCUUUUAUAAGCGAUAGUCUUUUAUAACGACACACAACAUAAAAAGAGAUCAGCUAAAGAAUGAACCUUAAUACACACAGCUCAACCAUAUGAUGAAGUAAGAGAUUUCACAAAAUCACGACUUUGAUGUUUGUCAAUAUCGGCAAUCAGACUUAAAUAAUCAAACAAAAUAUUCGUUUAAAUGCAGUGAAUAUAGAAAAUAUCCAUUAUAUUAUUUUGCAAUUCAAGUUGUUGUACCUGAUAAUAAUAUGCAUUGUGUACUAAUUAUGUCCAGAAAUUCACAUGAACAUGAAGAAAAUGAACGUAAUCCAACAAUAGGGUUAUCAUUACCAAUAGAUAAAACCGUAUCUAAUUAUGUUAAAUGCGGAUUAUCAUAG